CUUUAGGAGUGUGCACAUUUUUCAUAUUGACACAAAGCCAAUGGAUGUAAAUUAUAAAUCUGAAUCUAUAAUUCUCCCAGGCUUUAUUCUGACCGUUAAAUAAUGGAUAUUUUUGUAUCCAAGAUCAGCCAGUAAUAAUGAUUACCUUACAGAUACAGGAAAGCUCGAACACGCUAUUAUCCCAUGUGGCAGAAGAAAGGAAAUUACAGCGUCCAAACAGCGCCACCUGCCGGACGCACAUGGAAACUCCACAACAUACAACAUAAACCCCUUUGACCAAACUAGAACAGCAACAUCAGUGUCAGGCAACUCAACCAUUUCAUUACAAAGACGAUGAAAAGAAAAGACAAACAAUCUGCCAUCUUGGGAACCAGUUUGGUGAUGAUUCCAACCAGAAACAGGAUCUGGUUGUUGUUUUUUCCAUAGUUACUUCACUAGCACUUCACCUCACUCCUAAAUAAAGCAACUGAUAACAUUUAAUAAGGAAGAAUUUCGAAUUGUGCUUGCACAAGAUGUUUAGUGGAGGCUUAGGCUGUGUGUAUGUGCAUGUGUAUGUACUAUCUGAACACAGGAUGUGUGGGAAACCACUAGGGUCUCUGGCACUGUUCAAAGUAACCUCUACACACUAAAGUCUCUGGUGUCAGUCACGUCUCUACUUGAUGGACAGGAUGGACACAAUGGACACUGACAGGAUAUUGCUUAAUUAAAUUCACCUAGGUUUGUUGUAUGAGCUUUAGCUUAGUGGAACUUUCUAGCAGUGGUGUGGGUUACAGUUGGGGGACUGACUCAGUUAAGCUGAGGUGGUUGAAGUGUUGCUCCACAGGAAGUAGCUGAGCAAAGCUGAAAGAACUUGCACAGCCAUGGACGCUUCUUAUUAUCUGCUUCUAGCCUUCCUUCUGGCUGGAUUUUGUUCCUCUGAAAAAUCUUCACUUCAUUUCUUUGCCAAUAAGCCUGCUCCGGGCAAACCUCAAAAUGUCAGUAAAAAUGAUACAGGAGUUAAACAGGCUGUCCUAACUGCAACCUACACCUUCAACAACAAGUCCAAUGAUGCCUUCUUUUUUAAGGCUUCAGCCAUCGAUGAGGCACAAAGACAAAUCGUUAAAGGUAUAAAGUACCUUCUCAAGAUCGAGAUAUCUCGGACUGUGUGCAUGAAGAGAGAGACUGAUGUGGACCUUGCAAACUGUGGCUUCCAGCCAGAACCUGGUUUACAACAGACAUUUCUCUGUAACUUUGAGGUGUGGGCUAUACCAUGGCUGAAGCUAAUGAAGACCACACAUUUUGUUUGCCUCCCUUCAGACAAGUAUUAUUAAUAACUAUGCAUCUGAAACAGCACGUGCUUUGAAUUUCAGUGAACCCGUUAAGAAUAAAAUACUCGGUUGCUAUGCAUAAUUGAACUGCUCCUUCAGUGCUCAUGCAUAAUACCUAGAUACUGAUUAAACUGAUCGUAUGGUGACAAAUGUACAUCAGAGCUAUGACUAGUAUGUGGUGGGAAGUAAAGAGGUUUCUGUAAGGUUCAGCAGAGCAGCUGUUUUUAAGCUAUAAUUUAUAUUAAGCCUGAUCUUGUGUAAUACCUAGUUUUAGCUCCAUAGUACUGCUCAAUGGAAGAUAUAGACAUGCUGGUUCAUUUCUUUCUUUCUUUAUUGUACACACUUUCCAAUAGCUGCUAUUAAUGCUAACAAAUGGUCAUGAAUUAAACUCAUGAAUUAAACUGGCGAAAGUAAUCAACAGGAAAUUAUUGCUAAUAGCCAGUUCCUCCUUCAGAGCUGAAAUGAUCUUUGCAAAUGGAAGCUCAGAAACAUAACUAAUGUAAGUGUUUUAAAGUAAAGCAAUGGAUUUGUAAAAUAAAGUUUUGGCAUUCCAGUGUUACA